UCUUGAGUAAAACGGAUUCUACCACCUGUGCUUGUGUUGCCUUUCUCGGCCUAUAUAAACCAGGGACAGGGUUCGAGUGCAUUAACUAUAUGAUCUGAGUUAGUAGUCAAGUUGAUCGAGCGGUAUAGUUUAAUUUGUUGUCAAAAUAUCAUGGAGCUGUUAGGAUUUGACUUGUCUGUGACAUGGCUGCUGAUUAUUGGUUUCGUUCUCAUAGCAGUUUGGUAUGAUUGGUGGUGUCACCAGUAUUUCCAGAGGUGUGGUAUUCCUGUAGCGGACUACAUUCCUUUCUUUGGAAACAUACUGCAAUUGCGUCAUGGAGUCCAACACACUUUAACCGAGUACGUAAAAAAGCAUGGCAGAGUCGUCGGGAUGUAUGAUUUCCGACGUCCAGUUCUGAUUAUCAAUGAUCCUGACAUUUUGAAGAAUAUCUUGGUCAAGAAUUUCUCCAGUUUCUACAACAGGAGGAAAUCCCCACUCGGGCAAAAGCCCUUGAACAGAGGCUUGAGUCGGCUUAUGAACGAAGAAUGGAAAGAGAUACGCAACGUCAUCACUCCGUCAUUCAGUGCCUCCAAAAUGAGACUGAUGUCGGAGACGAUCAAUGAAUGUUGUGAUACCUUGGUGGCAAGUUUCAGCAAGGCCCAGGAGGGAGGAAAAGCCGCCAAAUGCAGAGUCUUGUUUGGUGGUUUCACCAUGGACGCCAUUGCAAGGUGUGGAUUCGGCCUCAAAGUUGACUCCCAGCAGAACAAGGAUGAUCCAUUCGUCAAGAACGCGAAGAAGGUCUUCGAUUUCAGCCUGUUCAAUCCUGCUUUCUUAAUCGUCUCCGCCUUCCCCUCUCUGUCGCCCAUCUUUGCUUAUCUCAAAUUCGACCUGUUCGACCAGGAAGUUAUCAAAUUUUUCAUGAACGUCACGGAGGCCGCGUGCAACAUGCGCAAACAGGAGGGUCAGGAUGCGUCAAAGCGCAUCGAUCUGUUGCAGCUGAUGCUGAACGCCCACGAGGACGAGGAACACGAGGAGGAAGACACGCCCACCGCAGGGAACGGUCAGAACAAGGGCGCCGCCCAUCGCAGACCACUGUCGACAGUGGACGUCAUGGCACAGGCUAUCACUUUUUUUCUGGCUGGUUACGAGACUACCAACGCGCUGCUGAGCUUCACUGCCUACCUGCUGGCUACCAACCAAGACGCGCAAGAGAAACUGCACGCUGAGAUUGACAACCUCGCUCCCACUCGUGACAACCUCGGCUAUGACGUCAUCGCCAAGAUGGAGUACCUGGACAUGGUGAUCAAUGAAUCACUGCGCAUGUAUCCCCCAGCAGUCAUAUUUGAUCGUAUGUGCAAUGAGACAAUUACCUACGAAGGUCUUACCAUCGAAAAGGGUGUAAACGUGUUCGUUUGUAUCUGGAGCUUACAUUACGAUGAGGAAUUCUGGACAAAUCCGACUAAAUUUGACCCAGAAAGGUUCAGCCCUGAGAACAAGGCAUCCAUCAAACCGUGCACCUACAUGCCGUUCGGCUUCGGUCCUCGUAACUGCAUCGGUAUGCGCUUUGCCUUGCUGGAAUCCAAAAUGGCGCUGGUCCGUGUACUGCAGCAGUAUCGCUUCGAUGUCUGCUCAGAAACCGAGAUCCCACCCAAGCUCGGUAAGAGUGGCUUCCUUGCUCCGAAGAGUCUGAAGCUCAGUGCAGUCCCAAGAAACUAGGCAGCAACCACGGAUGAUAGAAACAGAGACUUCUCUCUGAUCUCUGCCUUAAGAUGAUUUAAAGACGUUCAUGUUAUAAUGUCAUUAUGUUUUCAUCCAUCCCUCAUUUGGCAAAAUGUUAGGGUUAGGCAUGUGUGCCACUUUUGUGGAAUUAAUAGCAGCAAGUUAAUUUUGAAGCUCUAUACUGUUCCAUGUAUUUUGCUCGUAAAAAGCUACAUGUACAUAGAACUGGUUGGUAAAAAUAUUUCUUGGUCGUCAUUUACUUUAAUGCCUUUUAUGAGUUUUUUAGCUAUUGAUUUAUUAUAAAAUACAUCUGUAUUUACAGAUUGCGGUAUCUGUUUUGGAAUCAUGUUUGUAGGGAAACCAAAACAAAAUUCGUGUCAAAUAUGACAUUUCACCCCCCCCCCAAAGUAGUUUAGUUUAAAAUGCCUUUAACUUGCUGGAAUAGAUAUAUACAAAGCGGUGUAGCUAUAAGGGUUGAGAUAUGGGUUUCAUUUCUAUUCCAUCUCGGAUUUAUUUUGAUGAAAACUAUUUUUUAGUACAAAUUUAUAACUUAUUCGAGUCGGCAUGAAUUUCAGCACUUUGAUAAAAUAAAUUGUGUGUCGAAUUGUUUUUUUUUUUUAAACUUUGUAUGAUUGUUACAAUACAUCAGUGUUGCUGACUGUAUUCAUCGGCAUUGAGCACCGUUGUGGAAAUUAAAUUAUGUAGCUUUAUGUUUUACUGAUCUUUACAUUACUUAUAUUUGUAUAAUGUUUAUAUUUACACUGUUCGACAGGUGUCUUUUAACAUCCCCGUUGUGAUUUUAGUAGAGAUUAUGAGUUAAGGGUUAGAGGCCACGAUAAUUGCUAAAAGUUCAAUUGCAACGGAAUCUGACAAUAAACUAUGCACUGGUCACACACUGUGUACUUACACAUAAAUAAUAAUGUUUAAACAUAAUGGUCAAUUGAGGUGCUCAAUAACCAUUAUGUUUCAGGCAUGCAACUUUUCCUCGGAUCAGCUGAUCUCCUCCUUUUUUACUUCCCAUGUGUGUCAUUGAAAAUAGAA